AUGGCUUCCAAACUCCUGCGUGCCGUCAUCCUCGGGCCGCCCGGCUCCGGCAAGGGCACCGUGUGCCAGCGCAUCGCCCAGAACUUCGGCCUGCAGCAUCUCUCCAGCGGCCGCUUCUUGCGGGAGAACAUCAAAGCCAAUACCGAAGUUGGUGAUGUGGCAAAGCAGUACAUAGAGAAAGGCCGCUUGGUUCCAGACCACGUGAUCACACGCAUGAUGCUGUCGGAGCUGGAGAACCGACAGGACCAGCACUGGCUGCUAGACGGUUUUCCCAUGACAUUAGUUCAGGCUGAAGCCCUAGACAGAAUCUGUGACCUGGACCUCGUGAUCACUCUGAACAUUCCAUUUGAAACACUCAGAGAUCGUCUCAGCCGACGUUGGAUUCACCCUCCUAGCGGGAGGGUGUAUAACCUGGACUUCAAUCCACCUCUCGUGCACGGGGUUGAUGACGUCACUGGUGAACGGCUGGUCCAGCAGGAGGACGAUAAGCCGGAAGCAGUCAAUGUCAGGCUAAGACAAUACAAAGAGGUGGCCAAGCCUGUGGUUAAUCUGUACAAGUCCCGAGGAGUGCUCCACCAGUUUUCUGGAACGGACACUGACAAAAUCUGGCCCUGUGUUUACACGGUUUUCUCGAAUAAGAUCACGCCCAUUCAGUCCAGAGAAGCAUGCUGA